AUGCACAAGGCUGGGGAUGUGGUUCUGGGUGGUCUGUUUGAGAUCCACUUCUUUUCUGUUUUUUCUGACUUAUCUUUUACCUCCGAGCCACAACAACCUAUCUGCCAUGGUUUUGAUGUUCUAGGAUUCAGGCAGGCCCAGGCCAUGGCCUUUGCUGUUGAUGAGAUCAACAGAAACUUCAACCUGCUGCCUAAUGUGACUCUGGGAUACAGUCUUUAUGACAACUGUGUCAAACUAGGAAUUGGGUUUCGCGCAGCUUUGUCACUAGCCAGUGGUCAAGAGGAGCAAUUCAUGUUAGAGGAGACCUGUGUAGGAGCCCCUCCAGUCAUAGGGAUUGUCGGGGAUUCUUCCUCUACGCGUUCUAUUGCCAUCUCUGCCGUCUUAGGUUUGUACAGAGUACCUAUGGUGAGUUAUUUUGCCACAUGUUCGUGCCUGAGUAACCGGCAAAAGUUCCCAUCCUUCUUUAGGACGAUCCCAAGUGAUGCUUUCCAGGUGCGUGCUAUGAUUCAAAUUCUCAGGCGCUUUGGCUGGACUUGGGCUGGUCUGCUGGUCAGUGAUGAUGAUUAUGGGCUCCACGCUGCCCGAUCCUUCCAAUCUGACCUGGCUCAAUCUAACGGAGGUUGUCUGGCCUACUUGGAGGUUUUGCCCUGGGGCAAUAAUCCAUUUGAACUAAAAAGGAUUGUGGAUGUGAUGAAGAAAUCUACAGCUCGUGUGGUCAUUGUGUUUGCACAUGAGAGUCACAUGAUAAAUCUGAUGGAAGAGGUGGUAAGGCAAAAUGUGACAGGCCUGCAGUGGAUGGCCAGUGAAGCAUGGACUGCAGCUAAUGUGCUCCACACACCCCAAUUCAUGCCGUACCUGGGUGGCACUCUGGGCAUUGCCAUCCGUCGAGGAGAAAUACUAGGGUUCAGGGACUUCCUGUUACAAAUACGUCCUGACCAAAACCACAACAACAGCUAUGGAAAUAACAUGGUAAAUCAGUUUUGGGAACACACAUUUCACUGUAGAUUUGCACCACCUCCAGCAGGUUGGGAGGAAGCUGGGGGAGCACUAUGCACUGGGCAGGAAGAUCUAGCAAGUGUGGAAACUGAGUUUUUGGAUGUUUCAAACCUCAGACCAGAAUAUAACGUGUAUAAGGCUGUGUAUGCACUGGUUUAUGCUCUUGAUAACAUGCUGCAGUGCGAGCCUGGUAGAGGGCCUUUCAGCGGGCACAGCUGUGGCAAUUUGCAAAGAAUGGAGCCAUGGCAGCUGGUGAAUUAUUUGGGAAAGGUCAAUUUCACCACACCAUUUGGGGAUCAAGUUUCAUUUGAUGAGAAUGGUGAUGCCUUGCCAAUAUAUGAUAUCAUGAACUGGCAGUGGCUCACUGAUGGAAAAACUAAAGUUCAGAGUGUGGGCGAUGUCAGAGAGUCAGCCAGAGGUGGAGAACUCACACUUGAUGAAGAAAAAAUCUUCUGGAACUUUGGAGCAAAACAGCCACCCCGGUCAGUGUGCAGUGAGAGCUGCCCCCCAGGUACCCGGAUGGUAAGGAAGAAGGGGGAACCUGAGUGCUGUUUUGACUGCAUCCAUUGUUCUGAAGGAAAGAUCAGUAAUAAGACUGAUUCUGUGGAGUGCAGCAGUUGUCCAGAGGACUUCUGGUCCAGCCCCCAGCGUGACCAGUGUGUUCCUAAACAAACUGAGUUCCUCUCUUAUCAAGAGCCUCUUGGUAUCUGUUUGACAACCACCUCUUUACUCGGCACAUGCAUCUGUGCUGUUGUCCUGGGAAUCUUUUUCUAUCAUCGUAGUACACCCAUGGUACGCGCCAACAAUUCAGAACUGAGUUUCCUGCUCUUAGCAUCACUUAAGCUGUGUUUCCUGUGCUCAUUGCUGUUUAUCGGCCGUCCCAGACUUUGGACAUGUCAACUGAGACAUGCAGCAUUUGGGAUCAGCUUUGUGCUUUGUGUCUCUUGUAUUCUUGUUAAAACCAUGGUGGUUCUGGCUGUGUUCAAGGCCUCCAAGCCAGGAGGUGGAGCCAGUAUGAAGUGGUUUGGUGUUUUGCAGCAGAGAGGGACAGUUCUGCUUCUUACAUCCAUUCAGGCAGUGAUCUGCACUGCUUGGCUGGUCUCCUCCUCACCUGCUCCUCAUAAAAACACUCAAUACCACAAUGACAAAAUAGUGUAUGAGUGUGUAGUCGGGUCAACUGUUGGAUUUGCAGUGUUACUGGGUUAUAUUGGCUUACUGGCUAUAAUUAGUUUCCUGUUAGCAUUUCUGGCAAGGAAUCUUCCAGAUAGCUUCAAUGAGGCCAAACUCAUCACUUUUAGCAUGCUGAUCUUCUGUGCUGUGUGGGUGGCCUUUGUUCCAGCUUACAUCAGUUCCCCAGGUAAAUAUGCAGAUGUAGUUGAGGUAUUCGCCAUCCUGGCUUCCAGUUUUGGCCUCUUGAUGGCACUGUUUGGCCCUAAAUGUUACAUUAUCCUGCUGAGACCAGAGAGGAACACAAAGAAAGCCAUCAUGGGUCGGGGCAUUGAGUCAUAA